GCAUCCCACCUGACUUAUGUUUACAUAAACAAACGACUCAAAAGACUGUGCGUGAUGCCACCAAAGAAAAGGGCCAGAGUGACUAAAGCAGGCAAAGAUGAUGACGGUGAAACAGCUGGAGCUAAAAGGAAGGCGACUGAAAAAACUACGGAGAGCUCAGAGUCAGUGGCUCCUCCGCAGUACUGUCACUGGCUGAUGAAGUCUGAGCCCGAGAGCCGCUUCGAGAACGGGGUCGACAUGAAGUUUGGGAUCAAGGAUCUGAAGGCGAUGCCUAAUCAGACCAGCUGCUGGGACGGCGUCCGCAAUUAUCAGGCACGCAAUUUUAUGAGGCAGAUGAAAGAUGGGCAGUUGGCUUUCUUUUACCACAGCAACUGCAAGGAGCCGGGGAUAGCAGGAGUGAUAAAAAUUGUGAAGGAAGCGUACGUGGACCACACUCAGUUCGAUAAGAAAGAUGCCCAUUUUGAUGCAAGCAGUAAACCAGACAAUCCCAAGUGGAGCAUGGUCGACGUUCAAUAUCAAAGAAUGAUGAAGCGUUACAUUCCCCUGUCCGAGCUGAAAAAGUACCACCUGCAGCAUCGUGCCGAUGGAGGGCCUCUGAAGGACAUGGCGCUUUUUACGAGGGCCAGACUCUCGGUGCAACCUCUGACCACGGAGGAGUUUGAUUUCAUCCUGAGUUUGGAGGAGGAGAAGCCUUUUCGUUGGACCAAAUGACGCCUUUUGACGACGUGAAAUCAUGAAGAAACAACUUGUUUUUUUACAGCACUGUAAUGUUCUUUCUUUUUUCAGAAAU